UGUGAUUGUGUGUGUGUGUGUGUGUGAGCAUGUUGUCUUUGCCUAAUGUUGUGCAGAGUUAUUCAGCCGCUCUUGCCUUGGCACUGUGAGAUUAGUCUGCAGCCGCCACUAGUUUGCCCUUGUUGUGACAAGAAAUCCAUCCUGUGCAAGAGCUAGAUUCUCUGCAUCGACCAUCUCUGCCCCGUGUUCCAUCGAGUCAGGCAGCUUUUAAAAGAGAGGGGGACAAAAUGAAUGGAAGUGUGGAUGUGAACUACGAGCAGCAGGCUCUCCAGGAAGGCUCCUUCAUGUUUACUUCAGAGUCUGUGGGAGAGGGACAUCCUGAUAAGAUUUGUGAUCAGAUCAGUGAUGCAGUGCUGGAUGCUCACCUGAGACAAGACCCUGAUGCCAAAGUGGCCUGUGAGACGGUGUGUAAGACGGGCAUGGUGCUGCUCUGCGGUGAGAUCACAUCCACGGCUAACGUGGACUACCAGAAGGUGGUGAGAGACACCAUCAGAUACAUCGGCUAUGACAACUCAAGUAAAGGUUUUGAUUAUAAGACCUGUAAUGUGCUGGUGGCCCUGGAGCAGCAGUCUCCUGAUAUUGCACAGGGAGUUCAUGUGGACCGUCUGGAGAGUGACAUUGGAGCUGGAGACCAGGGUCUGAUGUUUGGAUACGCCACAGAUGAGACAGAGGAGUGCAUGCCUCUCACCAUAGUCCUCGCCCACAAACUCAACGCUAAGAUCGCCGAGCUGAGACGAAACGGGACAGUGCCCUGGCUCCGGCCAGACUCCAAGACACAGGUGACCGUUCACUACGUGCAGGAAAACGGCGCCGUGAUCCCCAAGAGGGUCCACACGGUGGUGAUCUCGGCGCAGCACGAUGACAACGUGAGCCUGGAGGAGCAGAAGAAGGUCCUGAAAGAGAAGGUCAUCAAAGCUGUGAUCCCAGCGCGGUACCUGGACGAGGACACCGUCUAUCACCUGCAGCCCAGUGGGCGCUUUGUGAUCGGCGGACCUCAAGGUGACGCUGGAGUGACGGGCAGGAAGAUCGUCGUUGACACGUAUGGGGGCUGGGGGGCCCAUGGCGGCGGGGCCUUCUCCGGGAAGGACUACACCAAGGUUGAUCGCUCGGCUGCCUACGCUGCCCGUUGGGUGGCAAAGUCCCUGGUAAAGGCCAAACUGUGCAGGAGGGUUCUGGUGCAGGUGUCGUACGCCAUUGGAGUCGCUCAUCCUCUGUCCAUCUCCCUGUUCACCUUCGGCUCCUCGCAGAAGAGCGAGAAGGAGCUGCUGCAGAUUGUCAAUAAAAACUUUGACCUCAGACCCGGCGUCAUCGUCAGGGACCUGAACAUGAAGAGACCAAUCUACCAGAAGACGGCGUGCUACGGACACUUUGGCAGGAAGGAGUUUCCCUGGGAGAUCCCAAAGAACCUCAACUUCUAGUCAAUGUACCUGUGUGUGUGUUUGGAGCCACAGGAGAAAGGCAGCUGCCUGUGUAGAGGGAUGAUGGUGAGAGUUGCCAUCAGUUAUGACUUCAUAGUCCCUCAACAGGAAAUAUGCAGAGUACAAUAACAUUGCCUGCAGUUUAUUUGACCCAUAAAUCAGUUUAAAAAAGUUGAUGUCUGUGACCUUCUGUCCUGAUAUGAACGAGUGACACAAUAUUUUAGGGAAAACAGCCAUAAUCACAGGUGUGACAAGCGACAUCUGAGGCACUUUUAGAACAUUCAUUCUCUCAUGACAGUUUGUGUACAUUAUAGCCAUUUCAGAACCACAGCAAUGCCUUAGGAUUGGUGUAAUAAUCUAGACUUUUGUUACUGCAUUAUCAUUAAAUAAGCAGAUAAAGAAGUGACUCAUGAGUCGUGAACAAAACCUAAAAAACCCUGGUAUUUGUUAUUAAAAGAGAUUAUAACAAAGUCCCGUGUUUUACCAAAGAAGGCGACAAAUCAAAUAUUGGAUUUUGUGUCAUUCAAACUCUACUUUCUCACUAGUUCUGUAAAACUAUGUACGUAUAUGUAUAAAAUCUUUCAACAAUAAAACCUUUUCAGAACAGA